UGAUGGAAAGAAAGGAAAAGACAAAGGGAAAGGUAAGAAAGUGGAGUCCGAGGAGGAUGAGGAGGAGCUCCUGAGUGAUGAGGAAGAGGACGACGAGUUUAGUGAAGAAGAGUCAGAGGAGGAAGACUCAGAGGAUGACAGGAGAGGGAAGGGGCGAGGAGGCAAGGUGACUAAGGGAAAGAAAGGGGGGAAGUCUAGACGUGGGGACUCAGAUGAGGAUGAGGAGGAUGAAGAAGAGGAGGAUGAAGACUAUGAAGAGGAUGGCGGCAAAUCCAAACAUAAAUCUAAAGAUGGCCACCACCAUAAAGGAGGGAAAUCUGAUGCUGAUGCAAAGAAAAAGAAAGGUAAAAAAAAUGAGGAAGCUCCGCAGCUCCCGAUAAAGGAAAUCCCAAAGAAAGGUCUGAAGAACAUGUCUAGGAUGUUCAUGAAGUUUUCUGGCUUCAAGAGGCGCAGGAACAGCAGGAAGAAGCUGAAAAGUACAUCACGUUUGUUCCUGGGAUUGGGGAGGAGAAAAACCCGCAUUGCUAAGAAGAAACGCCGCAAGUCCAUGCUGAAGAACACCUCUCGAUUCAUGAUGAGGUUCAAGCGCAGCAAAAAUAAUAAAAAAGACAAGGAGGCCAAAGCGAAGGCAGAGAAAAAUGGUGGAAAGAAGCCAACCUACAUGCUGCUUCGUCUGGGAGGAGGAAACGAAUCAAAUCAAAAGAAAGGGGGCUUCUUCAAAAACAUGUUUGGAAAAAAGAACAGAGACGAGCCUCCUGACAACUUCAAGAACACAAGUGCGUUGCUGGGUAAGGUUGCAGCGGCAACUAACUGGUUGACCAACCGCUUCCUGUCAACUAAAAUGCGAGAAAACGCAGGACACCAUGGCUGGGGCGGACAAAGACAUAACCGACAAGCCAGCUCCAGAGGUCGUCUAAAUGGUUACCAUAACAAUGGUUAUGAGAAUGGGGAGGAGGCUUAUGGAUACGACGAGCGACAUCCGGGCAUCCAGAAAGAUUAUGGAGGCUAUGAUGAUGGCUAUGGUGGUUAUGGAGAUGAGGCAACUGCGGCAUAUGAAAGCCGGGGUCAGUAUGGUUACUAUGACAAUGGAACAGGGGUUGCAGACUAUCAAGACUUGGGUUACUAUGAGGAAGAAGGACUCUAUGAUCCAAAUGCAGAAUAUUAUCAAGUAGGUCUUUAUGAUGAUGGCAUGGGGGACUACUAUAACCCAUAUUCUGCCCAAGUCUACUAUAACAACCAGGAAGCUGAUUACUAUGAUGACCAACAACAACAGGCAAUGGCAAUGUAUGGUGACGAGGGUCAGGGCUACUAUGCACAAAUGGGUGAGGAUGGAUUCCUUGACCCUCGAGCUCAGGGUUAUUUUGAUGAAAAUGGUCAAGGAGUUUACUACGCUAAUGGACAAGGGGGGUUCUAUGACAACGGACAGGCAAGUUAUUACGAGGACCCUUAUGCAGCAACUAUGGGAAUGCAAGGGGGAUUUCCACCAGACUAUCAAGUUAGUUAUAGCGAUACUGGCAUGCCCUAUCAAGACUACAGCUCCCAGCAGGCCAUUGGAUUUCUACCAGGAGACCAGCAGGCCUUUGGCUUUGGAGGGCAAGGGAUGGAUCAGCUACAGGGCCUGUAUGGGGACCAGUAUCCAGACCAGUAUGAUCAAUAUGGGGAUGAUACCGGUGGAGUUCAGGGAGGGGAGAUGACAUUUAGAGUUCCGAGACCUCAAGUGCGCCUAUUUGGUAAAGAGCGUCUAGAUGUGCCUCUGCCCCCUCCACCUACUUUGCCACCUGAUCCAGAAUUUGAAGACAUGUCAGAAAUCCAGUAUGAAGACCAGUAUCCUCUUGCACCAGGUCAACUUGGUGACAUGAUGUCAAUACAGCAGCAAAUGCAAAUGUCACCACAACAACAAAUGAUGAUGUCUCCUCAAGAGCAAAUGUUUUCUCAACAACAAACUAUGUUUUCCCCUCAAGAACAAGUUAUGAUGAUGUCACAACAGCAAGAGAUGAUGUUACAACAAGAACAGAGUAUGUCUGCCCAAAUGAUGCCGUCACAGAUGAUGUCACCAAAGCAACAAAUGAUGUUGCCACAGCAACAGAUGAUGCCCCAACAAAUGAUGUCACCACAGCAGCAGAUGAUGUCACAACAAAUGAUGUCACCACGAGAGCAGAUGUCACCACAGCAACAGAUGAUGCCCCAGCAAAUGAUGUCACCACAGCAGCAGAUGAUGUCACAACAAAUGAUGUCACCACGAGAGCAGAUGUCACCACAGCAACAGAUGAUGCCCCAGCAAAUGAUGUCACCACAAGAGCAGAUGAUGUCACAACAAAUGAUUUUACCACAAGAGCAGAUGAUGUUGCCGCAGCAACGAAUGAUGUCUCCACAAAUGAUUUCCCCGCAGCAGAUGAUGGCAGACCCGAUGAUGAUGUCACAGCCACAGGGUUAUGGCCCAGUGAUCCCUACUCCAACUGCCAUGAUUAUUAAGCAAGCAAAUUUGUCCCCCCUUCCUGGGCGGCGCCUGCAACCCUCUCCAACUCCAUCCCGCCGCUCUGUCAUCAUGCCCUCCCCACCGAUGCGGCGCCAUCCCUCUGCCAUGGCUUCUCCAUCACCUUCUUCUAUGCUUCCACAGAGAUUCAGCCCCUCCCCGCAACCAUCCAUGAGGAGCGGGUUCAUCAAUUCCCAAAGACCCCCCUCUGUUAUGUCGAGACAAAUCUCACCGCCUUCCUCCCCCAUGGCCUCCCCCCUCGCCCGUCGUAGAAUGCAACCUCAGAGAUCACCUUCUCCCCUGGCUCGAGGACCCCCAACCCCUCACUCUCCCCAUGCCUCCAUGAUUCGGCGAAGUCCUCCACCCUCACCAAGAGCAUCAAUGAGACGACGUUCUCCACUUUCCUCACCCCGUGCUUCUAUGAGGAGGCGUAGUCCCCCAGCCUCACCCACUCCAGCCCGCAGCCCAUUUGGAGGGAGGACGAUGCAUGGUCCAACCUCCCCUCGUCAUGCAUCUCCCCCUCACUCUCCACAGCUCAGUAGAAGACCCUCUCCCUCUCCCUCCCCAUCUCGUCGCAGUUUGUCUCCUGCAGGGCCUCGGCCGUCCCAGUCAUCUCCUACCCUCUCUCGUCGCUCAACUCGGCUGCUCAGGGACCCCACACCGUUGGCCCGGCCUAGGAUGAGGGGAAAUGUUCCCUUAGGUACUGUCAGGCCCUCACCUAUGGGCCUCAGAGGGCGCCCCGUGCCCCCACCUACCCAGAAUGUGCGUCCAUUCCGUCCCUCCUCCAUACAAAGCAAUAGGUCUUCUGUUCUCACAGUGGACUCCUCCCUCCUUUCCUCCCCUUUUCACUCCCCUCACAUGGUCCACCGUGCUCCUCUGGGGAGGAGAGAAUCUGGUCGAUUUCGUCCUCGCCCUGUGGCUCGAGGACGUCCUAUAGCUCACCAGUCUAUAAGAAGGAUGCCUUCCUCCUCUCCACAGCCCUCCCUUAAACACAUGUCAUAUCCCGCAUCCCCACGCUUUGGGCGAGAGCCAGCCCAAGUAGUAGACAUGGGUGAGAUGGUUACGGAAUAUGAACCUUAUGCUCCCUCAUCCCCUAUGUUUUCUGGUGCAAUGCGAAACCAGGUAAUUCGGGAUGCGUCCUAUGUUCCCUCACUGCAGAGACCAAUGUCACCUUAUGAGCAGCCUAUGGCCCCUUCAUCUCCCAUGUUGUCUCGGGCUCUGCAGAAUCAAGCUAUACAGGAUGCAUCUUAUGCCUCUCCUUUACAAAGGCCAAUGUCCCCUUAUGAACAGCCUAUGGCCCCUUCAUCUCCUAUGCUCUCGCGGGCUCUGCAGAAUCAAGCUAUACAGGAUGCAUCUUAUGCUUCUCCUUUACAAAGGCCAAUGUCCCCUUAUGAACAGCCUAUGGCCCCUUCAUCUCCUAUGCUCUCGCGGGCUCUGCAGAAUCAAGCUAUACAGGAUGCAUCUUAUGCUUCUCCUUUACAAAGGCCAAUGUCCCCUUAUGAACAGCCUAUGGCCCCUUCAUCUCCUAUGCUCUCGCGGGCUCUGCAGAAUCAAGCUAUACAGGAUGCAUCUUAUGCUUCUCCUUUACAAAGGCCAAUGUCCCCUUAUGAACAGCCUAUGGCCCCUUCAUCUCCUAUGCUCUCGCGGGCUCUGCAGAAUCAAGCUAUACAGGAUGCAUCUUACGCCUCUCCUUUACAAAGGCCAAUGUCCCCUUAUGAACAGCCUAUGCACCCUUCUUCCCCAAUGCUAUCUGGAGCUCUGCAAAACCAGGCAGUGAGAGAAGCUUCCUAUGCAUCUCCUCUUCAAAGGCCUCAGUCCCCAUAUGCCCAAUCUGUACCUUCAUCUCCAAUGCUCUCUGGAGCCAUGAGACAUGGUCAGGCACUAAGAGGUGUUGCUUCUUAUCAGACUCCACAGCUCCGUUCACCAUACGGACCAACUAUUGUUACUCCAUAUGAUUAUAUCUCUGAGCCUGGUCCAUCACCACUGCUUCAUGAUGCCCUACAGAACAGGUCUAAUUUGCAGAAUGUGUCAUCUUUAAGAUCCCCUAUGAUGCAACGCCGUAACCCUUAUGCACCAGCUGGGCCUCAGCUCCAUAAUGCUCUUCAACAGAACCCAAAUCUCCGCCAAGCAUCUUAUCAGACACCUAUGCAACUCAGACAAUCCCCAUAUGGACCCCCACCACCCUCCUCACCAAUGUUAGGAAGUGCCCUGCUAAACUCACAGUUGACGCAAGCAUCCUACCGGUUGCCAGAUGGAACCUUGGUGUCACCAUAUGCACAUACACCUUCCUCUCCAUUGCUCGGCAAUGCCUUGCAAAACCGACAAGUUCGUGGAGCCUCGUACACUUUACCUGAUGGAUCAGUUAUCAUGGACCCACGUAUCUCCCAGAAGCCCAUGUCUCCUAACCUUUCCAGAGCUCUUCAAAACCAGAAUGUCAGGACUGCUUCAUAUGUUCUUCCUGAUGGCACCAUUAUAGACCCGAGGCAGCAGCAAGCCAUUUCCCCAAACCUGGCUAAGGCCCUAAGCAACCCAGCUCUGCGCGCAGCCUCCUAUUCCCUCCCUGAUGGUACCAUUGUGAUUGACCCUAAGAAACCGAAGUCCCCGAACCUUACAGCGGCACUUCAGAACCCUUACCUGAAAAGUGCAUCUUACACCCUGCCGGAUGGUACUAUCAUCAUUGAUCCACGGAAACCUGCCUCUCCAAACCUCUCCAGCGCACUUCAAAACUCUGCUCUGCGGGACGCCUCCUUCACACUACCGAAAGGGGUUCAGGACCCAAAUACACCAAUGUCACCAAACUUGGCUAAGGCCCUCAGUAACCCAGCCUUGAAAGGAGCUGCAUACACCCUCCCAGAUGGAACAAUUAUAGUUGACCCAAGGAAACCAAAGAGCCCCAACCUGACAGCCGCCCUGCAGAAUCCCUAUUUAAAGGGUGCGUCCUACACCCUGCCUGAUGGAACCAUCAUCAUUGACCCACGGAAACCAAUUGGCCCUGACCUGUCUAAAGCUCUAAGGAAUGAGAACCUUCGUAGUGCAUCAUACCGGCUCCCUGAUGGUACCCUGGUUCUCCCUGGCCAGAAGCCCACCACUCCUAACCUCUCAGCUGCUCUGAGGCAAAACCAGGCCCUUCGGUCUUCAGCUCUCUAUAAUCUAGGAGAAAACUCUGUACUAUCAGGUGCACCAAGACCCACCACUCCCAACCUUGCCUCUGCGCUGCGGAAUGAGGAACUCCGUGGUGUCAGUUUCAGGCUGCCGGAUGGCUCUGUUCUCACACGUCAGUUCCACAACCCAAGACUGUCUGAAGCCGUCCAAAACCAGCAGCUUCGUUAUGCCUCAUACACGGUGCCAACAGGCCUGCAGGGUGAGGAUAAUCGCUAUGCUGUGAUUCCUCCCUAUGGGCCACGCUCAGGACACUGGGCCAGGAAUGCCCGAGGAGGAGGGGAAGGAGGGGAAGACGUUUGGGCAGCUGAGAGGGUUUUACCACAUGGGACGGUCCAGAAUCUGUCAAAGUGGGCCAUGUACAGAGAAGAUGGGGUGUUAGAAGCAUAUUCACCCACAGCUCGACUUGUGGACGGACAGCCUCAGGACACAAACUGGACUCCUGACAGAGAUAGAGUACCUGGUCAAAGCUGGUAUGACAAGAUCUACUCUAUCCUAAGCAUGCCCACAACAGGCCACAGGGUUAAACGCUGGGCGGAAGGAAUGGAGGACAUGACACAGCUGCCUGAACUGAAUGAGACCACAGUUCUGAUGAACCUGAAGAAGCGCUACGACCAGGAACUUGUUUAUACCUACAUAGGCAGCAUCCUCGUGUCUGUGAAUCCCUACAAGUUGCUCAACAUUUAUGGCACAGACAUGGUGCUUCAGUAUGGGGGCCGCGGCCUGAGUGACAACCCUCCUCAUCUUUUUGCCAUUGCUAAUCGCUCAUAUACCACCAUGAUGGAUGCCAAAAAGGACCAAUGCAUUGUGAUCAGCGGAGAAAGCGGGUCAGGAAAGACUGAAGCUACUAAACUGAUCCUGCGUUACCUGACAGCCAUACAUCACAAGUGCAACGUCACACAACAGAUAGAGAUCCUGGAGGCCACGCCCCUGUUGGAGUCUUUUGGGAAUGCCAAAACAGUGCGCAAUGACAACUCUUCACGGUUUGGCAAAUACACACAGAUCUACAUGGAGGAGGGUGUAAUCAGCGGUGCCAUAACGUCUCAGUACCUGCUGGAGAAGUCCCGCAUUGUCUUUCAGGCCAAAUCGGAGAGGAACUAUCACAUCUUCUAUGAGAUGUUGGCAGGUCUUCCUCCUCAUGAGAAGCGCUCACUGUAUCUGCAGGAAGCUGAGACUUACUACUAUCUCAAUCAGGGAGGGGAUUGUACGAUAGAGGGAAAAGAUGACGGGGAGGACUUCAGACGUCUGCUGAGUGCCAUGGACAUUCUGUGUUUCACCCCAGAGGAGCAAAACAGCAUCUACAGACUGCUGUCCUCCGUCCUUCAUCUGGGGAACGUCUACUUCCAGCCACACCAGGCUGAAGGUCAGGAGGUUGCGUCAGUGGUGAGCGCGCAGGAGAUCAGGGUUGUAGCUGAGCUGCUGCAGGUCUCACCUGACGGCCUGCAGAAGUCUGUCACCUUCAAACAGACAGAUACAGUAAGGGAGAAGAUCUUUACUCCACUCACAGUGGAGAGUGCUGUGGAUGCCAGAGAUGCCGUUGCCAAGAUCCUGUACUCGCUGCUGUUUAGUUGGCUGACAGAGCGCAUCAACGGACGGGUCUACCCUCGCAACGAAGCCCUCUCCAUCUCCAUAUUGGACAUAUAUGGAUUUGAGGAGCUACAGGUGAACAGUUUUGAGCAGCUGUGCAUCAACUACGCCAAUGAAACGUUGCAGUUCUUCUUUAACAGGGUCAUCUUCCAGGAGGAGCAGGAGGAGUACAUGCGGGAACAGAUCAUGUGGCAGCAGCAGCCCUUCAGCCACAACCAGGCCUGUCUGGACCUCAUCGCUGCUAAGCCUCAUGGGAUACUGCGCAUACUGGACGACCAGUGUAGCUUCCCUCAGGCAACAGACCACACCUUCCUUCAGAAGUGCCACUAUCACCAUGGAAACAACCCGCUAUAUGCCAGGCCAAAGAUGCCACUGCCAGAGUUCACCCUGAAACACUAUGCUGGGAAAGUCACGUACCAGGUGCACAAAUUCUUGGAUAAGAACUUCGACACUGUCCGCCAGGAUGUUUUAGACCUCUUCAUCCAGAGCAAGAACAGAAUGGUAUCCAGCUUCUUCUUAAGACACUCAGAGUCUGGGUCUCAGCAGCGGCGCAGCAGCGCGGCUCGUCGUUAUCAGGCCAACACGGUCAGCGCAAAGUUUCAGAGCAGCCUGCAGGAGCUGCUGGAGAAGAUGGAAAGGUGUAACCCUUAUUUUGUGCGAUGCAUCAAGCCAAACCAUCAUAAGGAGCCAGGAGUGUUUGACAUGGACCUGGUCAACACUCAGCUCCAUUACUCUGGCAUCAUGGAGACCAUCCAUAUCAGGAAGGAGGGUUAUCCAAUCAGAAUGCACUUUCACAGCUUCCUAAAAAGGUAUAAAGCCCUGCUCUGCCUGAAGGAUCCUCCACCUGCAGACGGAGAAAACUGUGUCAACAUGCUCCACAAGCUCGCUCCGGUCAAGAGCGGCUCGUAUCAGCUGGGAGUCAGUAAGAUUUUCCUGAAAGAGGAGCUGUAUCAGCUGUUGGAGGGGAAGCGUGACCGUGUGCUGAACAUCGCUGCUGAGACACUGCAGAGAUACACCCGUGCAUGUCUUGUCCGAAAGAACUUUGCCAAGUUGCGACAGAAUGCGACCCUGUUGAAAGCUCGCUGCAAAGGCUACCUGGCCAGAAAAAGGUUUGCCCUGAGGAGGAAGUACCUCAUCAGGCUCCGCUCUGCUGUGCUGCUCAUCGUCAACCGCCAGCGUUACAUGAGGACAGUGGUGGAGCCUGCAAGGAAGGCAGAGGAGGAUCGCAUCAACAGAGAAGUGGUAAAUGUAACAACGCUGCCGAUCCCUGCUGAGCUGGCAGUUCUGCUACAGGCAGCCUCAGGUGGUGAAGAGCUGCACUGUGACUGCUUGGCAGUGGUCCAGGCUCCAAAGGUUCAGGUUGACCCCCAGCUGACUCUGCCCCUGGAUAUCAACAACUACCUCAUGACACACUACAUCCGGGCCAUAUUUAGGGAACCGUUGUUUGGGAUGCUGACAGCCCCACUGGAGAGUUCACUGAUUCGAAUGGAUGAGGAGCUAACACAAGGAGCUCUGAACAUUUUCAUUCUGAUACUAAGAUUCAUGGGUGAUCCAAACUUGAAUGGGGCUCAGGAGAAUCUAUUUGGGAACUACAUUAUCCAGAGAGGACUUGCCAAUCCCAGCCUGCGAGAUGAGAUCCUGGCUCAGGUAGCGAAUCAGAUUUGGAGGAAUCCUAACAUUUUGAAUUCAGAGCGUGGUUGGCUCCUCUUGUCCUCCUGUCUCUCUGCCUUCCUGCCCUCCCAAAGGCUGGCCAAGUACUUGCUGAAGUUUGUGUCUGACUACGGGCCGGAGGGCUACGACUGUGUGUGUCAGCACCGUCUACUUCAAGCUCUGCAGCGGUUAAAUGUUGGGCCUGAGUAUAUCCGGACGUACCCACCCUGUCUACUAGAGUGGACUGCCAAUCGCAAGAGAGCUCACACUGUUCUGCACAUACACUGUUUCGAUGGUGUGUCGCUCCUGUGUCCUCUGCACUCCUGGACAAUAGGAGAAGAAAUGGCCAAAGACAUCUUACAACACAGGGGUGUGGUGGAGGGCCGUCGAGGCUGGUCGGUGCUGCUGAAGGAGCCGGCUCAGUGGGUGGAGCUGGAGGGCUCAGACUACGUUCUGGACUUGAUGUCGGACCUGGAGCUUCCUGCUGACUUCCCCAAACACAGCAGCUACUUCAUCAUCUCUGCACAGGAACCAACCAGAGUGCGGCCCAAUGCCAGCAUAAGCCUGUUGGGUGGUGGGUUUGACAUGAAGGAUGAUGGCAUAUCUUCAGUCAUACCUGGCUCUGUUGGGCAUGACUUGGAGCCUCAGAGAGGGAUGGAUCGUUAUCUCGACAGCCUGUUUGACCCUGUACUGUCUGAGGGAACUGGAGAAGUAGAAUCAGCUGCAGGACUAUCCAGCAGGAUGAAGGGGGCUGGGGGAGUUGGAGGGGGUUGGCAACAGGAAGGGCAGUCAACCGGCCCCCCACCUCCACCUGGGGCUGUGAGAGUCCUUCCCGUGGGAGGCGUGAUGUUGCCUCGUGUCGCGGCAGUGGCACCUGUAACACCUGAUGCCCAGCAGGCUGUUUUGGCCCAGCAGCAGGCAAUCGUGAACCAGCAGGCCAUCAUCAUGGCCCAGCAGAUGACCAUGCAGGCCAUGGCCAUGGUCGGCAGCCCAGUGACAAGCCCCCCCACCUCCCCGAUCACAAGUCCUCCCAUGAGUCCCCUGCCACACCACCCUCCCAGCCCGUACGCCUUCGCCAGCCCCUACGCUGUCAUACCCCCAAGUCCAUACGCUAACAUCCCGCCAAGCCCCUACGCUAACUUCACUCCCACUCCCUACGCUGCAGCAGACACCCCGCAGAGGCAUCCCUAUCCUCCACCUACUCGACUGGAACAAACUCCAUCGUACCUUCAAGCUCAGCCUCCUGCAGAGCCUCAGGCCCCCCACCACAACCCUCAGCCGAGCUCCACUAAAUCUAACAAAACAGAGCCAGCACAGCCUAAAGCCAACGCUGCUUCACGGGUUCAGUCAGGUAAGGACAGCGUCUCUCGGAGGAAGGCUCCAGGCAUCCCCAUAAACAAGGACACACCAGUCAGGAAGUUUGCCCCAGUUGUGACGACUCCUCCACCCCCUGCUGGAGAGGUGGUGAAGUACUCGGCUCGGACUACAGAUUUCGUCGCCCCCAGUCAAGAUAUUAAAGAAAUCAUCAAAAGGUACAACUCCCCACCUCCACCGGCAGACCUGCUGCCACCUGACAAGAGGAGACUAGAGGGGAAGUUUAAGAAGAAGCAAAACCCUCGUGAUGAAGCUUUACAGAUCCUAAAGCCGCAGAUGGACCACCCUCCUGCUCCACAGCCCAAAGGUCCUGUUGCCCUCUCACCAUCUGCUCCAAUGAAGGAGGCGGGAUUCAAACCCACCAGGAGCAUAAAGACAAGAGCACCUGAUCGUCCUCUCCCCAUACCUCCUCCAGUUUCUCGAGAGCUUCCAGUAGAGACUGAGACCAUCCAGACACAGCUUCAUCAGAGAACCAAUGAAGAGCACUACACCUACACCAAUGUUCCCUGGAGACUGUACCUCAGGAAGGAGGUUUUUUAUCCCAAAGACAGCUUCAACAAUCCUCUGGUGCUAGACCUCAUUUUCAAACAGAUAGUGAACGACACUCUGUUGGAGGCUUGCGUUCGCAUCACCCGGGAUGAAAGGCAGAAAAUGAAGGCUCUUUUCGCUAAACACGGGGUUGAACAGAAUAUGGAUCCGGUGGAGGAGCAUGUGAAGAAAACCAUUGUGACGGCUGCCAGGGAAACCUGGGAAAUAUACUUCUCCCGUCUGUUCCCUGCAUCGGGUAGUGUAGGAACAGGUGUGCAGGUGUUGUCAGUGUCCCACAGCGGUAUAAAGCUGUUGAAGACGGUAAAAAGCAGCGCUGCAGCUCCAGACUACUUCAGAGUCCUCCGACCCUACACCUAUGCAGACAUUCUGUUUGUAACCAUCCCCUCUGAGAACAUGCUGGAGUUCAAUCUGACCAACGAGAAACUGAUCCUGUUCUCAGCCAAGGCACCACAGGUCAAACAUCUCAUAGACACCUUCAUCAAUGAGAUCAAAAAGGACUCUGAUUAUGUGAUUGCAGAGCGAAACUUUGUGACAGACGACCGCUCGAUGCUCAGUUUUCACAAAGGUGACAUCAUCAGGCUGCAGGUUAUGGACGGACUGGAGAAGGGUUACAGUUACGGCUGUGUGGUGAGGAAGAAGGUGGUGUUUUUGGAGGAGCUGAAAAGAGACACUCAAGACUUUGGUUGGAAGUUUGGUGCUUUGUUUGGCCGCUCCGGCGCAUUCCCGGCUGAGUGCGUCCAUCCCGUGGCUCCUCCUGACUUCCUGUCGCUGCCACUGGACCGCAAGGCCGAGCCUCGAGGAGGAGCGGGACAGUUCGCUGUGUCAUCAGCCAUCGCUGUUGCUGUGGCGUCCACCAUGGCUGCACAUGAAAUAGAUCAAACAAUUGAGAGGGUUUCCCUUGAUGGCUUUGCUGAUGGAGAUCUGGAUGAGAGGGCCCUGCAAGACAGUAAAUAUGACAUGUUGGAGUUUGCCAAGAAGUACUUCAGACAGGGAAACAACAUGAAGGGAGAUUCCCUGAGGAGCAAAAGCAAGAACAGAGACUCCAGAGAGCCCACUGAAAUGAUCAAGUUCUCCAAGACUCCUCUGACUGAGUCUCUGAUAGAGUUUACGGACCCAGUCAUGAACAGAGUGGCAGCUGAUCUCUUCCUGUCUGUGAUGCGUUUCAUGGGUGACUCACCGUCAAAGGGAUCCACAGAGCAGGAACUGGUCAGCACUUUCCUCAAGCUCAUAGGAGAGUUCACAUUGAUGAGGGAUGAGGCCUACUGCCAACUCCUUAAACAGCUUACGACUAACACCAGCUCCAAACCUGAUAGCUGCCAACGAGGCUGGAGGCUGCUGUACAUCCUUACUGCUUUCCAUCGCUGCUCUGAAGUCCUCAAGCCCUUCCUGCUGAAGAGCCUGCUGCAGGCUUCUCGCAGCGCUGGGGCACAGUAUCAGGGCAUCGCUAAAGCAUGCGAGCAGAACCUGAAGAAGACGUUCCAGUACGGCGGCCGCAUUGUUUCACCCAACAGCAUGGAGCUGAAGGCUGUGAUGGCGGGACGUAGUUCAAAACGUCAGCUGUUUCUCUUUCCUGGAGGCAUUGAACGUCACGUGAAAAUCAAAACGUGCUCUGUUGCCCUGGAGGUGAUUGAGGAGCUGUGUUAUGAGAUGGGUUUACACAAACUGGAGGCCAUGGAAGAAUAUGCCAUAUUUUUAGUCACCAACAGAGGUCAGAAUGUGCGUCCUCUGAACAAACACGAGUAUAUCCUGGAUGUUGCAACCGAGGCUGAGUUAAUCGAUACCAACUACAGCUUCUGGUUCAGACGAGUCGUCUGGACUCAACCGCUCAAGUUUGAUAAUGAGCUCUGUGUUGCCAUGCACUAUAACCAGAUCCUGCCAGACUACCGUAAAGGCCUGCUAAAUGUUCUUCCACAUGGAAAAGUGAGCGAUCAACAGUUCCACCAGAUCUCCAAACUGGCAGCUUUGCAGCACAGAGCCAAAGACAUCGUCUUCAUCCCCAGCAUACAUGAAUUAUCAGAGUACAUCGCCCCACCUCUGUUCAAAAAGCAACCACCGCAGCAGUGGGUUACCAUGGUGACGCAGCACAUGCAGCAAGUGCAGACCCUGAACCCACACCAGGCCAGAGCACAGUUUCUGGGGCUGAUCAGUGCAUUCCCCAUUUUCGGCUCCUCGUUCUUCUACAUCCACAGCAGCAGCUCCACCACCUUCUACGCCCCCUGUAUUGUUGCUGUCAAUCAACAUGGCCUCCACUUCCUGCACAAAAAUACACACGAGCUUAUGGCAGUGGUCCCCCUGGUGGAGGUGCAGUCCAGCCGCACCCAGAGGCCCACUGCUGGAACGAGUUACCCGUAUGUAGACGUCACCCUGGGGGACUUGAACACGCAGCGGGUCAUUCAGCUGCAGCUGGAGCAGGGCCUGGAGUUGUGUCGAGUCAUCGCCAUGCAGGUGGAAAACAUGAUGUCUGUGCGGGAGAGGAGACUCACCCUGCCACCCAGUGAAAUCACCAUGUUAUAACUUAUGCUCAUGCCUCAUUGUAACGCACACACUUGUAUGAACACACACAUACAUGCAGACGAAACCCUUAUAAAUAGCCUACCUCUUUUUGCCUUCAGGUGUUUUAAUAUGUGAUGUGAAUACGUAAGUAUACCCUGAAGUCAGUCUCCUUUAACUUGUUGAUUAUACUACAUUACCUGAAACAAAGUGCAUCCUGAAGGCAGUGAAAUGUCAAAUAUACAGUGGCACUCAUAAGUUUAUGAACC